ACUUGGUUGCACUUCCAUCAGAUCAUUUUAAAUCUUUAUUUGAAGAACUUUUUUGAAAAUCAAUUGAAGAACUGUCACUAGAGACACGCUAGGUUUAUUCAGAUAUGAAAAAAAAAAAGCUUUGAUCGAAAACUUAAGUCCUAACAGUCGGGAGUAAAGUAGACUCUAGCGGAAACAAAACCAUGUAAUAAUGGUAAGUUUCAACUGUUGUGCCAGAUAGCGCGCUGGCCUCGGCAAUACCGCUCGGUCUCCGUUGUCAUAGUGAAAUUCAACAAUCAAUUGAUAACAUUUUUGUGCUUCGGCUUGCUUUUGGUCGCCAGACAUUUACAAUGGAACUUCAAAGUGAACUAAUCCGACCUUCUCGGAAUAAACACCGUUCGAAUGCCGUCACUGCUAUGCGCGUAAUUGAUCGACGAGAAGCGGUGACAGAGCUGGAGCAAAAAUUGGCAAAAAGUAAGAAACAGCUAUUACGAGAAGAAGUGACCUCAUUUGAAAAACGAACAGCAAUAGCAGAAAAGAGAGAACAACUUGAGUACGAAGAGCUACAAAGCUUGCAGCUUUUUCAGACAAACUUGAAAAUUCGUGAAUCUGUUUUAUCGGCUCUGGAAAAUGACGAAGAAGAAUGUCGAAAACUGAGCGAGGAGCAACACCUUCACCUACUCCAGAUGCAGCAGCUUGAAGGCGAUCUAACCCAGUUAAUGACCAAGCUGGAGUUCUUGCAAAACUACCAGAACACUAUAUCGGACGUGGAAGGCUUUGACAGAGUGGUCAGUAAAUUUCAAGAGUUAAACCAAACAUGGCAAAACACGGUUACUGACUACCAUGAAAUAUUAACCAGCGCAACCAAAUCAACGUUUAGAAAGGGACAUCCAAUGGAGGCUGUGAUGCGGACCCUAGUUGAAACGAAUGCUGCCGACGGUCAACGAGUUUCGCAUUCACGCGAAUCAACGGAUCACAACAAGACGGCACGCAAUGCACAGUGGCAGACUUGUACGAUGGUAGAAUCGUUCAAACAACACGGCCAUACUUACUUGGCAAUUGUAAACUUAGCAGCGCACUUGUCGUUUCACCCAAUAGCGAGAACUCUUACGAACGUAGGUGGUUCUAAUCUACGGGCUGUUAAACCUACCAAAACUCUUUUCGGAAAAAAAGACGAGUUGGAGCGAGUUCCUAGCAUCGAACAGAUCAAUCUACCAGUACAGAGCAACAAAGAAAGAUGGAGAGCAUUGGCUGCGGCAGCCAUGGGCGAUGGUAGAGGGCAAACUCGGGGUGAAACGGAUGCUUCUGUUUCAUCCGACAUAGGUCGAGCUACUGACUCGAUGAGCAUUGAAAUAGAGAACAAACUACUGGCAAGUGCUGACGUUUGCAGCGUUUCGCCCAUUUGCCCGAAACAAUCCAUCAUCAAUCAAAUUGCUGUUAGCAAACUCAAUUUCAUAGAACAAAUUUUAUACGACUUGACAUUGAUCAAAGACGAGAUCGAAUUUCACACUGAUCCCUUAUUUUACAAUGAACCCGGGCAUUCGUUUGCCUAAGCAGGAAAAAGGUCUUCCACGUUUUCCUCCAAAAUUAAGUAGGCUAGGACAAUUCGUCAAAAUCCUAUCCAACCGCACAUGGAAAAAAGGAUUUUACAUCAAUUUGUCAGUAGAAUUUAUGCGCUCACCUUAUUUAAUUCUUUUUUAAAUGACGUGUGUCUGAAAUAACUAAUACGCAGAAUAUAAUGCUGUGAAUCAUGACAUGCGUAAGUUUUCGUUAAUGUGGCUGAUAGGGAGACGACGAAAGCCCAGGUAUUUCAUUACAAAUUAAUGGUUCGUAAUGUUUGGUAGCUGUAGGCCUACUCAGUAGAUUCUACUCUCUAUUGUUAGCCACACAAUACAUUUUGGUUAAAUGUACAUUAUGGAUUGCAUGAUGUUGACCGUAUGCAUCCCUUGUUCGUCUCUUUUCCCACUCCGCACGUUUUACUGAGAUAAGUAUUACAUUAGCGAAGAAUGUUUGGUUAAGCAAAAAAUCACAAUAGAUCUGUACGAUCCUCAGCUAUUUGGACAGUCAUACCAUUGUCGUUCAUACCAUGUGUCUGUUACCAAAAUUACAGUUUGUAACAUUUGUUGGGACAGUUUUGCCAUUGAUUCUGAGGUCAUAAAAAUAUGAAAAAAUCUAAAAAAAUUUU